UUUCCCCACAGUACGUAGCCUACGGGAAGUGAACACGGACAAUUUAAGUUGCUGCUGAGGAGACGAGCUUUGCUAACCAUUUUCUUUGAACAUGGCCGCACAUCUGAAAAAGCGAGUUUAUGAAGAAUUUUCCAGAGUUGUACAGAUUCCCCAUGAAGAAGCUCCAGCCAAGAAGCUGCGUCUGUCCAGACCCAGUAAGUCUGCAGCUCUGCAUAUUGACCUCUGUAAGGCCACCAACUCCACUGAUGCCCUACAGUACCUACUGCAGUUUGCACGCAAGCCUGUGGAGGCAGAGAGUGUGGAAGGUGUGGUCAGGAUCCUGUUGGAGCACUACUACAAGGAAACAGAUAACUCAGUGAGGCUGAAGAUCGCUUCUCUGCUGGGUCUGCUGUCCAAAACACAGGGUUUCAGCCCCGACUGCAUCGUAGACGACGCCAUUAACACACUCAACACCGAGAAGUCCCAUCAGGUCCUCGCCCAGCUGCUGGACACUCUGCUGAUCAUUGGUACUCAACUACCUGAGAGUCCUGCAGUCAGACAUCAGCUCAUAGAGGUGGCCUGCAAGCACCUGUCUGAUACAUAUUUUGGGGUAAGGAACAAGUGUCUGCAGCUCCUGGGAUGCCUCGGCAUGGUGGACACUCCUCUGAACAAAGAUAACGAAGGACUGGGCACAUCGACAGGUUAA